AUGGCUGGCCUGCUCAUGUGCUUGCAGAUCACUUUGGGAUGGUACAUGUUAAAUAGCGGUCUUCACCGGGAGCUCAUGGCCAAUAAGAAGAAGCCUGGAGUCAGCCAGUAUCGGAUGGCUUUUCAUCUCAUCGACCCGUUUCUGAUAUUCGGUAUCUUCUUCUACAAUGCCUCGUCAUUACUUUUGCAGCCACAAAACGUGAAUCACCUA